AUGGGAGAAAAUGCCCAUGUGCUGCCGAUGGGAGAAGAUGCCCCUAUGCUGCCGAUGGGAGAAGAUGCCCCUAUGCUGCCGCCAUCGUCGUCAAAGGAAGUCGUCCCGGUGCCGAUUGCCGUUGUUGCUCCCUCCAUUGGCAUCCAAGAUGGGAUGGAUCCAUAUUCCACUUAUGUUCUCACGGUGAGAAUUAUUCGCGCGGGCAGUAGAUUUGAGGGUGCAUGGGUGUUUGAUUGGACAAUUGAUUCCGACACCACUAAUUUUAAAGACUUUGUUGAUGACAUUUGUGAGAAGUAUCCAUGGGGCAUAGAUGAAACUGUAACAGUGCAGUACCUUGAUAGUGGUUUGAAUCUGUUUUGCACAAUAUAUUCUGAUAAUGAUUUGAUGACAAUGUUUAAGUGUUUUGAGCAAAAUAAAACUGGUGAUGUGUUUAUCACAAUUAAUGGUUCAAGUGAUGAGUCCAUCAUUGGCAAGCUGUGUACACCAUCAGUUCCUAUCCCCUCUCAGGCAUGUAUUUCUCAGAUCAGCAAUGAACCAUUAGAGGAUGGUAAUUUGGCAGAUAACAUGGUGGACAUGUAUCUGGCCAAUCCCUUUGAACAUUUUGAGCAUGUAGGUGUUGAUGAGGAGGAUCAAUACUCAAUUGGUAGUGAUACUCCAGAGUCUGAUAAUAAUGAAAGCAAUACAUCUGAUUCUGAAUAUGUGCCUGGGGUUGAUGAGGAUGAGGAGGAUGAUGAGUUUCGAUUGGCAAUAGCUCAAUAUUCAAUUAAGCAUGAAUUUGAAUAUGCAAUUGAGAAAAGUGAACCUAAUCGAUUCAGAGCGCAUUGUCCUGUGAAAGGGUGUAAUUGGAGAAUCCAUGCAUCACGCUCGGCUGAUAAGAAAUCAAUUGAGGUCAAGGUUCAUGUGGCUGACCAUGAGUGUGCAAGCACUAGAAGAGAUGAGAAGUUGAAGAGGGCAUCCAAGGCAUGGAUAUGUGAGAGGGUGAUUGAAUGGAUGAGGGAAGACCCAAGUGUUGGAACCGCCGAGUUAGUAAGGAGGAUAAAAGAACACCACAAGAUAAAUGUCAACUACAAGAGAGUGUGGACUGGUCAAGAAUUAGCACGUAAAAGGUUGUUUGGUGAUUGGGACAGCAGCUUUGACAAGCUAUAUAGGUGGAAGGGAGAAAUUGAGAAGAGGUGUCCAGGAAGUUUAAUAUCUAUUGACCACAUGACAUUCAAGGAGAAGCGAAGGUUCACACGAAUGUUUGUAGCUUUCAAGCCAUGCACUCAUGGGUUUAGAGCUGGUUGUAGGCCUUACUUGGCAAUCGACAGCACUCAUUUGACAGGGAAAUAUAGAGGCCAAUUAGCAACAGCUUGUGCAAUUGAUGGCCACAAUUGGCUAUACCCAGUGGCUUAUGGCAUCAUUGAUUCAGAAACAAGUGAGAAUUGGAUUUGGUUUAUGGAGAAAUUGCGAUUAGCCAUUGGUAACAUGGAUGAUUUAGCAAUAUGCACAGAUGCAGGCAAAGGGAUUGAUUUUGCUGUUGAGGAGGUCUUUGAGGGCGUAGAGCAUCGAGAAUGUAUGCGUCACCUUGUUACCAACUUCAAGCUAAAGUUCCAUGGCAAAGUUUUUGAUGAACAUUUGUGGCCAGCUGCAUAUGCAUGGACAGAACAGUCUCACUCCUAUCACAUGGGAAAAAUUGAGGCUGCUAAGCCAGAAGCAAUAUUAUACUUGAAACAACACCACCCAAGGUUAUGGUCUAGAAGCAAGUUCUCUUCUGCCUCAAAGGUUGAUUAUGUUACCAAUAAUCUUGCUGAAAGCUUUAAUAACUGGAUCAAUAAGCACAAAGGCCUGAUGUUAUUUGAGUUGAUGGACAAGAUCAGAAGAAAGACUAUGAAGAUGUUUCAAAAAAGGAAAAAGGUUGCCAACAAGCUGCAAGGACAGAUUAUACUCCCAAGUGUGAUGAGAGAGUUGAAUGCUAAAUCAAGAGAUCUGGACUUAGAUGUUGAUAGGAGUGAUGAUUUGGAAGCUGAAGUCACUGAGAAAUCUCCAGGUGGGAAGAGGCAUGUGGUGAACUUGGAAGAAAAAACAUGCACAUGCAGAGAAUGGCAAGUUUCCGGAAAGCCUUGUAUCCACGCAUUGUCGUUCAUAACAUCAGUGAGGGGUUUGCAUAUAGACUCUUUUGUAGAUGAAUGCUAUAGUGUAGCUAAGUUUGCAGCUGCAUAUGCUCCACGUAUUCCUGGUCUUACUGACAUGUCACAAUGGCCAGAGAGUACACAUGGCUUCUUUCUUUAUCCACCAAUUUUAAAGAGAAGUGCAGGUAGACCUAGGAAUAGAAGGUGUAAGGGUGGAGCUGAAGGGAAAGGCACUAGUAAGGGUAGGUCAGGUAGCCAAAAAUGCCCUAUUUGCCACAACUUUGGUCAUAGAUGGCAGACAUGCAAAGAAGCUGAUCCAGAUGCUAAGGAAGCAUAUGCUCUUUUAGCAAAAACAAGGCAAAAGAGAAAGAAAACAACACCAUCAAAUUCAAGUACAUGUGCUGCCAAUACAGUACAAAUUGUCACUUCAACUUCAACUCCAACUUUGGUUGGCCCACCAAGCAAAAAGAAGAGGGCAGCUGCACCUGAUAGUUCUAGUUGUAAUUUAAUUACUUGUGCAAAUGCAAAUGCUACAUCAGUGAGUUCAAGUGGCCCUAAUCAAACACAAAACCAAUGUGCUCUCCUUCCUGUAACAGUAACAGAAGUGAGCACACCACCACCAAAAGCAAAGGCCAAGGGGAAAAAUAAGGCCAUAACAGCACUACCAGAUAGCCCAUCUAUGUCAACUAGAAGUAAGAAGAAAUUGAAGAAAUUGACAUCAACUAGCCCAUCCAUGUCAACUAGAAGCAAGAGGAAAUUAAUUUGA